UAGAUUCUUAUCUCGUCCUCACAUCUCUUCUUAUAUUUCUCAUAACAUUCAUCAUUCCUCUACCUAUUCCUAUACUGUUUUUUUUUUUACCACAAUACCAUAUUAGAAAUAAUAUAUUAAAUCAAAAUGGCGGACGAACAGAAACCCACCCCGGAGAACAUGACUAUGUUGCAGGGCUUCGAGUGGUACGUGCCCGCCGAUCAGAAGCACUGGACUCGACUAGAGAGGCAUAUUCCUCAGCUAAAGGCCUGGGGAAUAGACAAUAUUUGGAUCCCUCCGGCAUGCAAAGCCUCGUCCAACCAGGGCAACGGAUAUGACGUAUAUGAUCUGUACGACCUAGGCGAGUUCGACCAGAAGGGGUCCGUGUCCACCAAAUGGGGCACCAAAGACGAGCUGAUGAAGCUCUGCGGCACGGCCAAGGAGCGCGGGGUCGGCCUAUACUUCGACGCCGUGCUGAACCACAAGUUCGCGGCAGACCACAAGGAGAAAUGUCUCGCCGUAGAAGUCGACCCGGACGACCGCAACGACGAGGUCAGCGACAAGUACGAGAUCGACGCGUGGGUCGGCUUCGACUUCCCGGGGCGGCGCGGAAAGUACAGCAAGAUGAAGUACCACUGGUACCACUUCAGCGGCGUCGACUUCAACGCGCGCAACGAGAAGACGGCCAUCUACAAGAUCAUGGGCGACAAGUCGCAGGGCUGGGCCGAGGACGGCGACGUGGACAGCGAGAAGGGCAACUACGAUUUCCUCAUGGGAUCGGACCUGGAUUACUCGCACCCCGAGGUCGAAGAAGACGUGCUCGCCUGGGGGAAGUGGUUGGCGGAAAACAUCCCGCUCGCAGGUAUUCGGUUCGACGCCAUCAAGCACUACAGCGAAGACUUCCUUCGCAAGUUCAUCACCACGCUCGACGAGACGUACGGGCAGGGCUGGUUCUUCGUGGGCGAGUUUUGGAAGGAUAGCCUCGACGAUAUGACGAGGUAUCUAGACCGCAUGGGCCGGAAAUUCUCCCUUUUUGAUGCGCCGCUGCUGUACAACUUCAGUCAGAUUAGCAAAGCUUCCGGUGCCGAUCUGCGACAAGUGUUUGACGACACCCUGGUGUCUGUGAUGCCUGUAAACGCUGUGACCCUAGUGAUGAACCACGACACCCAACCCUACCAAGCCCUCGAAGCGCCUAUCGAAGGGUGGUUCAAACCCCUAGCCUACGCCUUAAUCCUCCUCCGCAACAAAGGCUAUCCCUGCAUUUGGUAUGGCGACCUCUACGGCAUAAAAGGCGAACACCCCUUCCCACCCUCCUGCGGCGGCUCUCUCCCCAAGCUAGCCCUCGCGCGCAAACUCUACUGCUACGGCGAACAAGCCGAUUACUUCGACUUCGCCACGUGUCUGGGCUGGGUACGGUACGGCACCUGGGACCGGAAGUACGGCUGCGCCGUCGUGAUCAGCAACGCGGGGCCCGGCGAGAAGCGCAUGCACGUCGGCGAGAUGCACGCCGGCGAAGUAUGGACCGACGUGCUGGGCUGGAACGAUCGCGAAGUCACGAUUGACGAGGAUGGUUUCGGCGACUUCGCAUGCGGGCAGACGAGUGUGAGCGUGUUUGUGAAUCGGGACGCUGAUGGGAGGGACAAGUUUGGGGAGAAAUUGUAAGUUCUGGACAGAGGACUAAUCUACCAACUUUCGAGGAGCUGGCUAACUGCUAUAGCGACGAUAAUAUCUACGAGGAAUAGAAUGGGAUGAAUGGGUGCCCUAGCGAAUAAACGGAGUCUACCGUAGGAAAAUCGGGCUAGCUUUGAGGGUUCGGCUUUUCAAGGGG